AUGGAGCCGGAGGGCAAUGCCAUAGAUAAUAGCAUAGACAACAUUAUUGACAGCUUUACAGACACCAAAGACUUUCAACGUUUUGUAGUUAAGCAGCUAGUCGAGCAAAGGGAUCUCCUUAAUCAGUCCGUAUCUCAAGUAAGUUACUGUUUGUGUAGAUAUGUCUAUUUUUAGAAUAAUAAUAAACCAAUGACAUCUAAUGAUAGUGGAUUGCAAUUAGCAAUGGACCAGAGAAAAAAAGGUAUGUAUUAUUGACUUUUUCAGUACUUGUUGUGAAGAAAGGGCUGGAGAGAAUGGAUUAGUACGGAAAUGUAAUUGGUAGGUAAGGAGAAACUGCUUUGUUUAGAAAUUUAGGUAACAUUUGGUUUCGACAUUCUGUCGGAACGAUGUUAUUGACGUUAAAUAGAAGUUAAGUAGCAUGGGAAUAUAAAAUUAAAUUAUGUUUUAGAGGUUUGAUAGUGUGAAAGCUGUUUAUCUACUUUAUAUUAUCUUUUGGGGUAACUCUUCAAAUUAGGUCAAAGUUUAGUUUAAAAUCCUUAAGUUUUUGUUAUUAUACGUUUUCAGUCAUACCAAAUUCUAGAAAAACUUCUUAAUUUUAGGUGUUGACAGUAAAAGAGGUUAAGGAGACGGUAUUCCGGGGGUAGUAGGUCAGUAGUAGAUCUUUGGUCGUGGCGGAGCAAAAAACAGAAUUUUAAAACUUUACCGUACUUUGAGUAUUCGCGCACCGAAUUAGUAGAUGAACGGAAUGGCCCUUUCUCACACAUUACAUUACAGUAAUAGAUAAGAUAAGGUUGUUACUGCUCACGUGAACAACGUUACACUCAAAUGUUCCGACCGUGUUUUAAGGCACCGCCCCUUCGCUGCGAAGAUAGUGUGCUCGGCGGAAUGUUUUUGCUGUUAUUUGGGUGAUCUAGUAUAAAAGUGUUGACCGGGUGGAUCAUUUGAAACACUUUCAGUUAACUUUAAAAUGACUUUGUUGGAUCUGGGAGUGAAGGUGCAAGACGUGCUGGCCGAGCACGGCAUCGUGGCCAAGGACGGCCACAAGCUGACCAAGGAUUUCAUGGAUCUGGUCGAGUUCUGGAACACUGGCAACAAGAUGACCACUUUCUCGAUUGAUUGCAGUAAGUGGUUGUUUUAGUACUAUAUUGAUAUUGGUCAAGUUUUAAAUCGCUUUUUGUCGCAGCUUUACUUGAACACUUAUAACUUCGUUUUUGUCGCAAAAAGUUUCUUUUUGUAAUUAGUUUAAACAGUUUGUUUCUUCUUCUUUUGUUAGCAGUUGUGAUAUGACCUUUUAACUUACCGUAACUUUAGGUUCAGAAGACUCUCGAGAUUCACUGGACGAACCAGACUUUGUUGAUGCAGAAACUCAAACCGACAUUGAACCAGAGCCUCAGCCAACUGUAGCUCCAACUGAAGAAGAUGAUAAGUCUUCCGAAGUGUUGCAAAAGUUGAUGGCCGGCAAAGAAAAACAUAGGAAUCUUGAGAAGUUGGUAACACCAUCCAAGGCUGUGGAACUGAGAAGAAAAUACGUGGAACGUGUUGGAAAGCUGAGCAUGGACAAGUUGCCAUUUGAGAAUUAUAACUACGAUCAGGUGAGACCUUGCAAUAGAUUUUUGGUUAAUUUUUGAAACAAUUAUCAUAUCAGUUUGAGUUCUUUAUCUAACUGCUAAAUAAUCUUUGAAACCCAAAUUUUGUAAUUACUUUGACAUGACUUGGUUGUAACUUUACACUUUGUUUAUGUAAUUAUAUCAAACUUUUGUGAAAACACUCAACUUUUGUGAUUUUAGGUAAUAAACGCGUGUUGCGAAAACGUGAUUGGAUACAUGCCCAUCCCUGUCGGGGUUGUGGGUCCUCUACGUAUGAACUCUGAGUCGAUUUAUGUUCCGAUGGCCACGACAGAAGGAGCUUUGCUAGCCAGUGCCAACCGAGGUUGUACUGCUUUGGCUGUUGGAGGAGUCAGCGCUUUUGUAGAGAAGGAUGGCAUGACCAGAGCUCCAGUCAUUGAGUUUGAGAGAUUACAACAAGCCCACAAGUUCAAGGAAUGGGUUCUGGAGACAUCCAAUUUCCAGAAAAUCAAAGAAGCCUUCCAAUCGACCAGUCGAUUUGUCAGACUUGUCGAAUUGAAUGUGGACAUUCAAGGACGAUACGUCCACCUUCGAUUUGUCGCUCAAACUGGAGAUGCCAUGGGCAUGAACAUGAUCAGCAAAGCGACAGAAGCUGCCAUGAAUAUGAUCGACCGCACCAUCCACAACUUCAAGUACAUCUCCAUCUCCGGCAACCAAUGUGCUGACAAGAAGGCGGCUGCUGUUAAUUGGAUCAAAGGCCGUGGGAAGACCGUUCACGCUGAUGCCGUUCUCAGUGCGAAGACUGUGGAGGAGGUUCUGAAGACUAGGGUAGAUGAAAUGGUCAGCCUAGGGACAGCCAAGCUUUUGGUCGGAAGUUCAUCUGGCAUCACGAUUGGAGGGUGGAACGCUCACGCUGCCAACGUUGUCGCCGCCAUCUUCUUGGCUACAGGACAAGAUGCUGCUCAAGUUGUGAGCUCUUCCAUGUGUAUCACCUUGUUGAAGAAGACUGCUGCAGGCGAUCUACACGUCUCGUGCUCUAUGAAGUGCGUGGAGGUUGGUACUGUUGGUGGUGGUACUAUUCUGGAGGCUCAGAGAAGCGCUCUUAAUGUAAGUAUUAUCUUAUUAUACUUUAUUUUUGUUUGUCUUGUCGUGUUUCAAGCUAUUAUAACAUUAUUUUAUAAUUUUUAAAGCUAUUACAACAUACUUAAUUUAAAUUUUUUAGAUGUUGAACUGUGCUGGUUCUCAUCCAACAAAGCCUGGAGCCAACGCCCAACGCUUGGCUAUGGUUAUUUGUUCUACUGUGUUGGCAGGAGAACUGUCACUUCUGGCCGGUCAGUGCUCCAAGGACUUGGUCAAGUCUCACUUGAAGCUCAACAGGUCCACAGCCAGUCUGCCACGCAUCGUGGAGGAGAACCUGAUCUCGAGGAUACCUGAACAGAAGCCUCUGGAGAGAGCGUACAAGUCCAUCGCUCCAGUCAACUGUUCGAGCACUUUCUGA